AUGAGCCGCUGGGCUUGGCCUCCACUCCUCGCCCUGACGAUCACCACAUGCCUUUUGCUUCUGCACGGCAAGGGAGCCCUCCUAGCGGAUGCGGCUGCAUGUCUGGAUGCCUGCCUGCAGGGCCCCAUCUGGAAGUCUUGGGAAGGCUCUGCCGAUGCCACAGAGGAGCCCGCCUCCGCCAAUAAAUAUGCUUACUUGCAGUGCCGCGAUUGUCUUUGCUCCGAUAGCGUAGCGUUUCCAGUCAAGUUGAAACACGCCGUCCCAUCUUCUGAGCUUGGCUCAAUUGGAGCACACGCUCUCCGCUACCAAAGUGGAACUGAUGGACAAGACUCCACAACUGACAGGAACGAGACAGACCGUGUCCGUCAUAAGCCAGCCUCCGUUGACUUGUUUCGAAGGAAGUGUCCAAAUGAAUACACGCUGCCAUUAUUGGCUGUGAAACCCAGGCACAUUGAGACGGUGCCCAGCAAAGCACUUGAUUACACGGGGUGCCGCAACGCAUCAGGCGCACGUAUCAGGCGCAAAUUUGUAGAUCCAGUGAGAUCAUCCAUGUUGGUAAAGGGUUCCGAUGUAAUUGAGUACUCCAGUGCCUGGGCCCGCAAUUGGGAGCGGAAAUCAAGUCAAGUUUAUGGUCACCGGAGAUGUGCCAAGUGA